AUUGGAAAGGCGGAGGAAAAUGUAACAAAAAAUAAUCGGGGAAUGCGACUGAUGAAGGAGUCACCGCGUAAUCAUUUUGACAUUAAAUAACUUUCGAAAGAAGCCGCCAAACUACAACAGCCUUAAACCAGUCUUAGAAACGGGACAUGCGUGGGGCUGCAGGAUCGUCCCCAGGCUGUUGAGCGAGCCUUUGCAGCACGGUGAAACCUCAUCAUGGAUGUGGAAGAGUUCCCGCCACCCCCCCCUGAGAUGCUGGAUGUGGGCCCGCCCUUCACCGACGAGGAUGAGGGGGAGCAGUUUGAGUUUGAUGACAGCGGAGACGAGGUCCCUGAAGCUGACAGAUCGGCACCGGCCCCUCCGCCCCCUCCGACCCCCAACUAUGCCGGUACGGCACCAGCAGCAGGUGCCAACGAGCAGCUACCAAAGCAAGCUGUCAAAGAGAAUGACUUGCUUCCACCACUAGAGGGCACCACUGCUUCUAGCGCCGACAUUAGCCUUAAAGAGGGUGAUGGCUUCUCCAAGGACAUCGCCCCGCCCCCUGUCACCGCUGCCCCUGGCCCCCAGGGCAAGGUGAACCCGUACUCGGUGAUCGACAUCGCCCCCCUACAGCAGCGACCCUCGCCCCCCUCUCUGGAAACGGAGGCUGUGUCCCCAAGCGACGCCCCCCCCAGCCCGUGGGUACCGCCCGGCUACGCCGUGCCCCCGCACCGCGAUUACGCCGUGCCCUCCAACGUGCCCGUCAUCACGCCAGCCUACACCACGCCCGUCAUCAUUCGCCACCUCUCCGCGGACGAGGACGUCACUGUUGUUGGGACAGGCAACAUUUCAUCUGACAGCGUCUUCAGUGAAGAGUACCCAGCCAUCCAGGAAGAAGAUGCACUUUCUAAAUGGGUGUCAGAUCCUGCUAACACGGCCUGGAUGGAAAGCCCAGAUGAAGUCAUUUACGACGAUGUGCCCAGGGAGAACUCAGACUCCACGCCAGACGAGAUGAUCUACGAUGAUGUGGAGCGCGGCGAGGAGGGGAGCUCCUUGGACAAUGGCUGGAGCUCCAGCGAGUUCGAGAGCUAUGACGAGCAGAGUGACUGCGAGAGCCGGGGGGAGAAUGGCCUCCCCGACGCCUUUCUUCGCAGUGGACCCUCGCGGAGCAAAACGCAUCUUUCCCAAGAUCUGACGCGCUUGAAAGAGCACUAUGAGCGAAAGAUGAAAGAUCUCAUGGCAAAUACAGUGGGGGCCGUCGAGCUGCAGCAGAUCAGGCAGAAGCACGAGCGGAAGAUGCAGAAGCUGGUCAAGGCGGCGAAAGAGGGAACCAAAGACGGCUUAGAGAAAACAAAAGCGGCCGUGAAGAAGGGCCGGUCCUUCAUUAAAACCAAAUCAUUCCACCAAGACCGCAAGUCGGCCAAUCUGGAAGAGGAGGGCGACCUCUUCAUCGAGGUCGAGUGCUUCAACGUGGAGCCUGAGCUAUGCCCGGCUCCCCAAGGCCUCACACCACAGCAGAUGGUGAGGAGACACAUUCUGGGGUCGAUAUUGGAGAGCGAGAAGAACUACCUGGACGCCCUUAAGCGAAUUCUAGAGCAUUAUGAGAAGCCCCUGUCAGAGAUGGAGCCCCGGUUGCUGAGCGAUAGGAAGCUGAAGGUGACGUUCUGCCGCGUACGGGAGAUCCUGCAGUGCCACGCCCUGUUCCAGAUCGCCCUGGCCAGCCGCGUGGCCGAGUGGGAUGCUUCCGAGAUGAUCGGCGACGUCUUCGUGGCCUCCUUCUCCAAGUCCAUGGUGCUGGAUGCAUACAGCGAGUACGUGAACAACUUCAGCCUGGCCAUGGACGUGAUUAAGAAAACGUGCGCCUCAAAACCUCCCUUCCUCGAAUUCCUCAGAGUAAGGAGGGGACUCGGCGUGGGUGGCGAUGGCUGGUUGGUCAAUUCGGCAGGGCAAAGCCAGGACAGCAGCAGUGACCAUGUGACCCUCUACGGGCUGAUGAUGAAACCCAUACAGAGGUUCCCACAGUUUAUACUGCUGCUGCAGGACAUGUUGAGGAACACCCCCGUGGGCCACGCGGACCGCCUGCCCCUGCAGAUGGCGCUGACGGAGCUGGAGACCCUGUCCGACAAGCUGAACGAGCGUAAAAGAGAGGCAGACCAGCGCUGCGAGAUCCGGCACAUCGCCAAGGCCAUGAACGAGCGCUACCUCAACAAGCUCCUGAGGUCUGGCAGCCGGUACCUGAUCCGCUCCGAUGACAUGGUGGAGACUGUGUACGGGGACCGCGGGGAAGUGGUGAAGACCAAGGAGAGACGGGUCUUCCUGCUUAACGACGUGCUGAUGUGCGCCACGGCCAAUGUCCGGGGCAGUCAGGACAGCGGCAGUGCUGGUGCCCCCGCUUGGCAGAAGUUCCUGCUGAAGUGGAGCAUACCUCUGAGCUUAGUGGACGUGGUGGAGUUCGGCUCCAGCGAGGACGUGGGGGACAGCGGCCGUUUACCACCGCCGCACUCCGUGGAGAAGUUGGUCAUCAGCACCAAGCCCAACAAGCUGUAUGUGGGUCCGGGGCAGCUGUACCAGGACCUGCAGAACUUGGUGCAUGACCUCAGCCUUGUCAACCAGAUCUCCAGCAUGAUCAGCAGCUUGAAAGGAAAGUACCAGAAUGUGAACACCACCGUAGCCCAGGACUGGGUGUCCGGCCUCCAGCGGCUCAUCGCCAAGAAGGAGGAGGAGAUCCGAGCCGCAGACCGCUGUCGCAUCCAGCUGCAACUCCCCGGAAAGCACGACAACAGGUCUGGCCGGCCCACGUUCUUCACCGCAGUGUUCAACACGUUCAGCCCUGCCACCAAGCAGUCGUGGAUCAGCAGCCUGCAGAUGGCCAAGCUGAGCCUUGAAGACGACAACCUGCUGGGCUGGUUCUACGCCGAGGACGACGGGAAUCAGAUGGCGCGCCGGAAACACCCGCUCCUGCUGAGGCAGCUGCCCGUGGUCAUGUCGAAGCUCCAGGAGUUCAAGGUGGAAUGCGCGGCCCACAACCCCGAGCCCCUCUACAACAGCGAAAGCACCGCCGACUCCCCGGCCAUGGGCCACGGCUGCGUGUGGGUGGCCAGCUGCACCAAUCAGAUGGGGCAGAUUUCCGUGGUGGCACUACAGAGCUCCAGCCCCAAGGUGACGGAGUGCUUCAACGUGGAGUCUCGCAUCCUGUGCAUGGCCCACGUACCUCCAGACGACACUCAGGAGGAUGCUGAGGCAGCCCCGGAAGCAGACCCCUCCCUCGGGAAGGGCGGGGGAAGCCCCACUAUUUGUCUGGGGAUGGAGGACGGGAGCAUCUCCGUGUACAAGAGCAGCCAGCGUUCAAAGAAGGUCCGGCUUCAGCACUUCCCCACGCCGGAGAAGUCGACCGUCACCAGCCUGGUGUACGAGGCGCGGUGUCUGUAUGCCGGCCUCGUCAGCGGCUCCGUCGCCGUCUACUCCAGGGCCCCAGAUGGCCUGUGGGACGCGGACUCCCCAAAGCUGGUGAAACUCGGGGUGCUUCCCGUGAAGAGCAUGCUGGCAGUGGAGGACCACGUGUGGGCUUCUUGUGGGGGCCAGGUCUUCAUCAUCAGCACCAAGACCUCCGCCAUUGAGCGCCACCUGGAGGCUCACCAGGAGGAAGGCAUGGUUGUGUCGCACAUGGUGGUGGCCGGCGUGGGCAUCUGGAUUGCUUUCAGCUCUGGGUCUACCCUGCGGCUCUUCCACACGGAGACACUCGCGCACCUGCAGGACAUCAACAUCGCCACGCCCGUGCACCACAUGCUUUCUGGACACCAGAGGGUGACUGUAAGCUGCCUCCUGACCUGUCCUGGCCUCCUCCUGGUGGGGACCAACCUGGGGGUGACCGUAGCGCUCUCUGUGCCCCGGCUGCAGGGCAUCCCCAAGGUCACAGGUCGCGGCAUGGUGUCCUACCACGCUCACAACGGCCCUGUUAAGUUCCUCACCAUGGCGACAGCAGUGAGUAACCGACCCCCGGAGAGCCAGGCCGUUGCUACACCCAGCCAAGAGGCCCGGGAUGGGGAGGAGGCCAGCUCCCCGUCCGGGGGCCCGACUGCGGACCGAGUUGUGUGGCUGGGGGAGGCAGGUGGCUCCGUAGAAGCCAGCUCCUCGUCCUCCUCCUGUGGGUCCUUAGCUGUGUCUCAGAGCUCCCUGGAACACAGGCCUGAGGACAGCGCCAUCUAUGACCUGCUCAACGACCCCGCCCACGUGCACGAGCAUAAGCGAAGCCACAAGGUGAGCAUCAGCUCGGUGCUGGUGGUCUCAGGCGGCCUGGGGCACCGGCGGGUCAACCGGAAGACCAAGCAGUCACGGCAGGAAGAGACCGUGUCCACCAUCAUGGUUUGGCAGAUCCCACUGCUCAGCGCCUGAGGGGGGAGACGUCCGUCACCAGCUCAUCCAUCCCUCUGUGCUCUCCAUUAUCGCCUGUCUCUGUCUUCAUGAUGGCAUCACUUUUCUCACUCGACGUACAUUGUUGUAGCAGAAUCCCGGUUCGCUUUUCACACACAAGUCGAGAGUUGACCUCGGUGCUGUGGGCAUUUCCAAGCACGACUGGACUGCUAAAUUUGGCAGAGCAGCUGGUGAGUGCAGAUAAUUGGAAAGGGAAGGCAAACAUUUGGGCUUGCAGAAACCCUUGGUACCAGGAGUUUUGGCACACUUCCUGCUUAGACACCGGACCAUGUGACAUCUUGGUGUGGUGUGCAGGGAUCAAGAACACACACGCAACCUCUUUAUAUCGUCAAACAUGUUUUUGCCAUCAACUGACUCCUUCCUUGUCUGUGAAUUAAGCAAGGAGAACCUGAACUCUUGAAAUACCACUUAAAUGUCCUUAAUAUCAAUUUUAUUUCUGCUGAACCUGUUCAUCCGUUAUUACCUUAACACUUCUAAUGUUCUGCCAUUUGCUAGAUUCCAUGUCAUUCCCGCUUCAGAUGAACAUUUGUCGUCAACAGAGUUCUGAAACUCUGACGGUAGACAUUAUGGAGGAAUGAUCACUGUGUCCAAAGUUUGGGGGGAACCCAAGUGUCGAUCUGAUACCAGGACAGGGAGGCAAUGAGAGAAGGUUUCUGCAGGGUGUAUUGCUGUUAAGGGUGGCGCAGACUUCCUGUCUGAGACUUGGUGAUGAAGAGGAUUUUCUUUGCUUUAAUCAGGAGGCAGAACAGAACAUGUUAAUGACAAACUUGUACUGGCAAGGUAUAUGUUUGCAUAGAUGUUCGUUCCCCUUUUGGCAACGUGGAACCAAUAACAGGGAUUUUUUUUCUGGACUGCUGUUUUUCGCAUCCAGUAGAAAACAUUCAACAUUCAAGUUUACAUGAGGCUUACACAUGGCUCACAUUUUGCUUCUUGCUAUUGGCUCACAGGUUCACCAAUGACUGAUGCCCUUGUGGACGUGAAGCAUGAUGGGAAAUUCUGGCUGGCCAGAUAUCUUAAUACUGUAGUUUAGUUGGGGGUGCUUUUUUCACUUCUCAUUACAAAAAGGUAAACACUUUGUUCCAAGAGUGGACCCACAGUGUUUAAAUUUGAGAUUCAUAAGGUUCCCCAAUUAAUAUUUAGUCUUUAUUGUAUUUAAAAUGUAAGAGCUUUAAAGUAAAAGGACUGUUGUAUGUGUUAAUGUUGAAUUGCAUUAACAAAGUUGCAAUGAGAGCAAUAUUUUGUUUGCGACCGCGGUUAUUGUGCCAGAGUGUGAACCGUUGGGUUGUCAGCAUUUUCUGUUAGCUAACAUCCAACUGUUAGCGGUAUCUGACUGAUAUGAGAUAAGCCGGCAGCUUUGCAGCAGUAUAAAAGGCACUUUAAGAAGGAAAGACACCAAGGGCAUUGCCUUUUUAGAGCUCACUAUAGCGGGAGUUAAAAAUCGCCAAAUCGGAUGCAUUCCCACAGGCUGAUUCAGAUUAACUGCCAAAGUGACUUCACAUUGAACCAGCUUAAUUUAAGCUGCCAGCUCAAGACUUGCAGGAUCAGGAUCCUACCCAACCAUUAGUGAUGUCCAGUCCCAACUGCAACUCCUGACCUUUUGAGCCUGCAGCUGAUAAGGCCCAAGUUGAGGGAAGAAAUUGAUCAAAAGGGAAAAAAACAGUUGACCAACUGUUGUUUGCAUUAUUCUUUAAAAGCUUUACAGCUGUGGACCACAUUGUGUAUGUAACACCAGUUAUGUGUGUGUGAAUGUGCAUUUGCAAUAAAAACACAAGUACAUACAUGAAA